GGGAAAGAACUACGGCUCCCGGCAUGCCUCUCUGCGACUGCGCCGACCAGACGCCAGUCUGGGGAUUCCCCAGGCCGCUGAAAUCCCCCCUGUGAGGCAGGAGCGACGGCGGGGCAGCGGGUCGCUCUGCCCGGACUCUCCCUAUGGCCCUGCGGCCCUCCAGGCCUUUCCUGUAGGCUCUCUCCCCCGCCAUGGCCUCCGAAGCUGCUGCUCAGGGCGGCCCGCGGGAGCCCAAGCGGGUGGAAGGCGACGACUGGUGCGACAGCGGCUUGGGCUCCCUCAGCGAGGCCCAGCUGGGCCAGAUCCAGGGAGACGCGGGCCUGGUGGGCCCUGGCGAGGGGGAGGAGGGGCCUGGGCGCCGGGCCCUGACCCCUGACCCCGGCCCCUCGGGCCCCACUGGCCCUCAGAAGGCGCUCUCAGAGGAAGAGGAGGAUGACCUGGAGCGGCUGGACUCUGCCCUCGGGGACUCCCUGAGAGGUGACGAGGACGUGGGAGCCAUCGUGGACGGCGUGGGGGCCGUGCGCCUCGAGAACGGGGCCUCGGCGGUGGUGGCCCCCGAGGCCUGGCUGCACCACGUGCUGGGCUUCGUCACCGAGGACGGGGACACGUACGUACAGUGGUACCUCGGGUUACAUACGCUCCAAGUUACAUACGCUUCAGGUUACAGACUCCGCUAACCCAGAAAUAGGACCUUGGGUUAAGAACUUUGCUUCAGGAUGAGAACAGAAAUCGCACAGUGGCGGCACGGCGGCAGCAGGAGGCCCCUUUAGCUAAAGUGGUGCUUCAGGGUUAAGAACAGUUUCAGGUUAAGAACGGACCUCCAGAACGAAUUAUGUUCUUAACCCGAGGUACCACUGUAGAUAGAUAUAGGUACAGUGGUACCUCGGGUUACAUACGCUUCAGGUUACAGACUCCGCUAACCCAGAAAUAUUACCUCGGGUUGAGAAAUUUGCUUCAGGAUGAGAACAGAAAUCGUGCAGCGGCGGCAGCGGGGGGCCCCAUUAGCGAAAGUGGUGCUUCAGGUUAAGAACAGUUUCAGGUUAAGAACUGAUCUCCGGAACAAAUUAAGUACUUAACCCGAGGUACCACUGUUCUGUGUCGGAAGGAAACCGGCAUCAGAAGGCUUUCUCAUAAUAGGGGGACAGAGCUGCAGAUUUCUCCUGUCUGCCUUGGGUCUGCGACUGCUGUCUGCUGAGCCUGGGCAUGCUGGUUUCGAUCUGCCUGCUCAUGAAUGAGGAUUUCGGGUUUUUUGGCUCAGGAGCCUCACUGCGCCUGUAGUGGCCGCCGAUUCCGACCACCGCUACAGGCACCGGUGGCUGAUGAGGCUUCUUCCAGCUGUUGCAGUUCAGGAGCUGCCUUCUGGCCUGCUCUUUUUGCUUUUGCAUUUGCACAGAGAUGUCGGGGCAUCUUGAAACAUAAGCUCCGCGCUGGUAGGCUAGAACAGGUUUUUAUAUAAAAACACACCUGGUACGCCUAAUCAGGUGACUAGGAGUUCUGUGCAGCUGAAUGGAUGGGCUAGUGGAGGAAUGGUCUCUCUCUCCAUUCUGUCCCUGUCUGUUCGCUGGGUUCCCGUUCUUACUUUGCAAUAAGCUCUGCCUCCUCCCCACAGAGUGUUUGGAAAAAGAGAGGAGUGUUUUGUUUUUUACCAGGCUGCUAAGUGGCUGGUAUUUCAUUUUGCAUGCUGGUCACAGAGGAGGGGGCAUUUUUCCUUCUCUAGCCAGCAUGAAAGCAGGUGACUUCAGAACUGGAUAGUAAACUAAUCAGCUGACUCAGAGCUGGAUAGUGAACUAAUUAGCUGACUGCUACUUUUUGUGGGCUUAUUUAAAUCUCAAAAUUAGAACAAAGACUCGACUAGGCCUGAUCAGAUCCCAUGCAAGCCAGUAUCUACUAUGUCCUCUUCUGGGUUUUGUUUUGUUUUUUGCCGGGGGCAGGGGUAACCCUGCAAAGUGCCAUUUUAUGAGCACUGACUGUUCUGUUGGCGAUACUCUGCCUAUUUCUAAAACAACACAAGUGAGAACUCUGAUACUAAUCCUAUGCACACAUUUGGCCUUAAUUCAAGCAACAACAUGUAGGGUAGAGCUGCAAUUUAUUUAUUUUUUAAGUUUCUAAACAUCUUCUGAGUUGGAGAACAGUUUGUUCUAAUAUAGUCCUCUUUUUGAAAACUCUGGACAGCCACAAAAUGAUGGAAGGCUGCAGCCGCUUGAGGUCUCCUUGUUUUGUAUUCCCCGUCUGUGUUGGAAAAUGUUUUAUUUCCCCCCCUGAGCGAUAAGAGACUUUUGCUCCUCUCAGCAGCCUCUGUUAUUUCCUGUUGUUUCCAGAGCUCUCCACUUGGCCGUCAUCCACGAGCACGAGGCCUUUCUGGAUUCCAUCCUGCAGUACACCCAAGGGACGGAUUACCUGGAUAUUCAGAACGACCUUGGACAGGUUGGAUUGAGACACGCUUUUGCUCUGCUCUGUUGUGAGACUCAGUUUCCCGAAGCUCGUAACGCACGUCGGGAGGAGCCACAAGCUCUCGCUGUACAGAACAGCAGUCUGCGUAAUUAUGCAGACUUAGAAACCGACUUUGGAACUUUUAAGUUUAGAAAUUCCAAGGCGGCAUUCAUUGAAAACAAGGUUGGAAAUCCCCCCCAAAAAGCAAAGGAAGGCAUUUUUAAAAAAUAAGUCUUAAAGCACAGAGGAGCAGUGAAACAGCAAAUGAAAUCAAAGUCUUCACCAGCAACCUAAAACUUAACAAAACAAAAGCAGCAGCACCACCGCUCCCAGGUUUCUCUCUGGGUAGGAUUUGUUUCACCCUUAAAAGGAGAAAUGGUUAGGAACAUAAGAACUGCCCUAUACUGACUCAGAUCUUUGGUCCAUCUAGGACUACAACUCCCAUCAUCCCUAGCUAACAGGACCAGUGGUCAAGGAUGAUAGGAGUUGUAGUCCCAAAACAUCUGGAGGGCCGAGUUUGCCUAUGCCUGAUCUAGCUCAGUAUUGUCAGUGUGGUGUAAUGGUUAGAGUGCUGGACUAUGACCUUGGGAGUUCCCUUACUGCAAGAAGCAAAGCUACAGGGAACCAGGCAGAGGGCCUUCUUGGUGGUGGCGCCCUCCCAUCAGAUGUCAAAGAGAUAAACAACUACCUGACAUUUAGAAGACAUCUGAAGGCAGUCUUGUUCAGGGAAGUUUUUAAUGUGUGACAUUUUAACGUAUUUUUAAUCUUUGUUGGAAGACGCCCAAAGUGGCUGGGUACAAAUAAUAAAUUAUUGUUAUCAUCAUCAUCAUUAUUAUACUAUACUGGCUGGCAGCGACUCACCAGGAUUUCAGGCAAGAUUCUCUCCCGACCCUACCUGGAGAUUAAACCUGGAACUGCCUGCUUUCAAGGCAGGUGCUCUACCUGAGCUUAUUGCCUUUUCACUCAUGAUGAGGAAGGGCCUCUGGCGCAUGCACAGGUUCAUAGGGGAGCAAGAGGUCCCUCCGAUUCCUCUUCCCUGAGUCUGUAUAAGACCAUCAAGGUUAAAACUAACCCGUUGUAUAGUUCCUGAAAAUGCUUAAGAUUAUGACAUCUGGAAAGCCACAAGUUCCCCACCUCUGCCUUGUCAUCCCAGGAGCGACAGCUGUUCUCGAACUCAGGCUCUUUCUCGUUUUCUCUUCCCCAGACAGCACUUCACAUCGCGGUCAUCCUGGGGGCUGCCGAUUUUGUGAGCAAGCUCGUGUCGGCGGGAGCCAGUCUGUGCGUGCAGGAAAAGGGCGGCCACACCGCUUUGCACUUGGCGUGCCGAGAAGGGCAGCGGGAGUGCGCGCAGAUCCUCCUGGCACCGCAUGUUGCGCAAAGGCCCUGCGAAGGGAGCGGCUUUCGGGCCCAACUGGACUGCACCAAUUUUGAUGGUACCUCUCCUGGGUCCUCAGGGGAAAUAGUUGCUUGGUCUCGUUGAAGUCCUCCAUAAUAUGGAGACAGUAGGGUCUAGCGAAGAGCAGGUUUAAAAUGCCAAAAGUUUGCAGUCCUUGUGAAUAUCAUGGGUGGGAGAAUGAGAUGGAUCAGCAUGGAUCUUCCAAACUUUAAAUACGGUAUUUUUUGCUCUGUAAGACUCACUUUUCCCCUCCUAAAAUGUAAGGUGAGAUGUGUGUAUGUCUUAUAGAGCGAAUGCAGGCUGCGCAGCUAUCCCAGAAGCCAGAACAGCAAGAGGGAUUGCUGCUUUCACUGUGCAGCCAUCCCUCUUGCUGUUCUGGCUUCUGAGAUUCAGAAUAUAUUUUUUCUUGUUUUCCUCCUCCAAAAACUAGGUGUGCCUUGUGGUCUGGUGCAUCUUGUAGAGUGAAAAAUACGCUAUUUAAAAUAUCAGACUUGGAAGUUGGCGGGCAGUUAAAGAGGAAUGCAUUCGUUUCCACCACUUGUGGUUGAGGAUUUGCGAACGUCGCGUACUUUUGCGUUACACACUUUUGCCCGUUUCCCAUUUCCGCCCACCCCCUUUUCCCCAUCUUCUUUUGUUCCUUUUCAAGAUUGUGCUGUUCCUUCCUCUUACUGCAGCGCCUACCUCAGUUUUUCCCUUAGCUUGGGAACCAAACUCUGAAUUUUGCAGCAGGAACAAUUCAGUUUGGAGGAAUGCAAAUGUAUUUGAUCCAUAUCAUUUCUUAAUUUGGGAUUUCCACAUGCCAUUUUGUGGUGGUGGUUAUAAAUCCGCAUUACACAAGGUAGUUUCUCCAUCUCAGUGCCCAGGCAGCUGCAAAACUGUGUCCCAUCUCUCUUUCCGUAGGUUUCACGCCCCUGCAUGUUGCCGUCUUGCGGAAAGACUUGGACGUGGUCAGUCUCUUAAUCUCCGGGGGAGCUGAUCUCAACAAACCGGUUAGUUUCAGAGGCGGUGGUGAAAUAGACACAUAUAGGUGAUUAUCCUGCAGGAGGUAUGCACGCUGUUUUCCCGUACACUUGAAAAGGAACCCUCUGUGUGAGGUGUUCCCAAAGUAAAGGAAGGAUUGAACUCUGAUUAAUAAGAAUACACACAGAGGCUUGAACCAGCAAGACUCUGGGAAGGGUGCGUAUAAUCGUGUCUGCCUCCACCCUCCGGCCCAGGUUGUUUUAUUCACAAAAGAGCUUUUUACAGAGUGUUCGUAAGAACCAAUCAGAUUUCUUCUGAGCAUUUCAGCAAACCCCACGUGGGGACAAAGUUAAACUACAAACACUAGUUAAGCAUGCAUACUUUUGGGGUAAAUAGAGAACUACAAAGGAGUGCAUCCUUUGUAGUGCAUCCCGGAGGUCAUAAACAAUCAAUACACAUGAUAAGAAGGAUGGCCAGGAGGACAGCGAUCAUUAUCACCUUUAUGUGAAACCUGUUUCCUGGCCCUAAGAUUAACAUCCUAAGAUUAACAUAUCAGAAAAGCUACAGCAAAGAAACUGCCCACCCAGGAGCCUGCCUGUCUAAGUGUGUACGUGACUUGCGAAGAAAGAGAAAUGGAACAGGGAUGCAGAGGUGUGGAUUGGUCAAGAAUCAUAUCAAAAUAGUUUAAACCCAGUCAACGCAAUGCUUUCAUUGCUGACACAGGUGGCUUACUCUAUAUUUGUUUUAAUUCCUCAUAGCAAUCCCACCGGGUCACUACACUGCGUAACAACACAAAGUCAUCCUUCCCCCACCAGCACCUUUAAGAAGCGUGUUGAAUUAAUUCACCCUGUGAACUAGCAGCAGUGGGAUAUGUGAUAGGAAUUUUAUGGUUUUAGAUAUAUGGCAACGUUCAUAACCACACGUACAUAGAUCAGCACAGGAAAGCCAACCUGGAACCAUUUUGAUUCCUAAACUGAGCAAAUGUUUCUCUGCAUGGUAAAACUGGAAAGCCUCCCGAUUGUCUCUUCCUUCACAAAUCCUGUCUUAAUCUGUGUCUGAAUAAGGGUGUGAGCCUUAUGACAAGAGACUGCCAAGGCUCCCAAGAAAUCCAAUCAAGUAACCUGCCAGACAGGAAAUAAACAAGCGACAGGAGAUAACAACAUGCAAAUGUUCUGUUUUAGACCGCCUUAUCUGAGGAGUGGUCUUAGGUUACACCCUUCUGUGAUGAAUGCAUAAUGUUUCUGGGGUGGUCUUGAUCUAGAGGAUGGGAAUUUCAAAAGUCUUUAUAAGCCCUGCAUAGCAUUUUGGAGGUCCUCUUCCUCUCCUGCGUGUGAGGGGAGCACCCUGUUGCAACAGAUUAAUAAAGAUCAGGCUUACUAGCUGCUUUGCUUCUCAAUAUUCUCUGGUUGGCCUCUGUUAUUCUCUCCUACCGAUAGGGAACCUAUGUAAGGACUCUAUAUGGGCUCUUGGAUACCCCAUAAGGGAAAAGGGCAUAUUUUUAUUUACAACAGAUAAGAAGAAACACUUUUAAAAGAGGCUUUAGGAGAUUAGAUAAAUUCAUGGAGGAGAGGGUUACCAGUGGCUGUUACCUAUUCUGGCUCUUGUGCUCAAAUGCUGCUUAUGGGUUUCCCACAGGCCUCUGGUUGGCCCCUGUGAGGCCAGGAUGCUGGACUAGGUCUGAUAUGACACGAGUGUCCUUACCUCUGAUUUUUGUCUGUGUGAGCUUCGCCCCUUUAGCACCGCCUCUUCCCCUUUGUGACUCUGCCCUUCCUUUCAAGAAGCGGUCAGUGACACUCCAGUGCCCCUUUUGCCCGCCUGGUGCCUCCCAGCUGCCUCUGACUACAACUCCCAGCAGCCCCAGCCAAGGCUGGACUAGUUAAUAAUAAUAAUAAUUUUUAUUUAUACCCCGCCCUCCCCAGCCAAGGCCGGGCCCAGGGCGGCUAACAAGCAAUAAUAAAAACAAGUUGAAUGAAUACAACUUAAAAACAAGAUUAAAAUGCAAUUAAAAUAUUGAAACAUUAAAAUAUUAAAAGGCAGCCUCAUCACAAGAGGAGAAAGGAAAAAGAAAAGAAAGUGGGGGGAUCAAAUUGGCUCCAAUCCAAAGGCCAGGCGGAACAACUCUGUCUUACAGGCCCUGCGGAGAGAAAUCAGAUCCUGCAGGGCCCUGGUCUCAUGAGGCAGAGCGUUCCACCAGGCUGGAGCCAGUGUUGAAAAGGCCCUGCCUCUGGUUGAGGCUAAUCUGACUUCCUUAGGGCCCGGAACCACUAGGGUGUUGCUAUUUAUGGACCUUGAGGCUCUCCGUGGGGCAAACCGGGAGAGGCGGUCCCGUAGGUACGAGGGUCCUAGGCCGUGAAGGGCUUGAAAGGUCAAAACCAGUUAGUGGCUCAGCUGGGGCAGAUCCAUGGCUUGCCCAACGUACCUGCCAACCCCAGAGCUCCCAGCACGAGGCGUUGCGCGUCCCCUUCACCUUCUCCCGUCUUGCCGGCAGGAGCUGAGCUGUGGGCGGAGUCCUCUUCACCUGGCGGUGGAGUCUCAGAACCCAGAGGUGGUGGAGUACCUGCUGCGCGCUGGAGCAGACCCGGAGGCCCGCAUGUAUGUUGGCUACACCCCCAUGUACAGCGCCUUGCACCGGCCCGACCAAAAGAUCCCCCAGCUCUUGCGGGAGUUUGGCUCAGAGGAGCCAGACUGGGACUCGGAGGAGAGUUUGGACAGCAACAGCGAGGUGAGUUUGGGCUAUCACAGCUAUCACUGUUAGCACUGUUAGAAGUGCUAACAUUGAAAAAAAUGAAUAUGGAAGGGAGGAGGGCAACAUAUGAAGAAAUAUUAAGGAGGACUGAUAAAGGAUGGAAGUUAAAACCCUAUAACAGCAUAGUGAACGCCUUCACGGGAUGGUUACAAUACCACCAAGUAAACAAGGAUAAGAAAUUAGGAUUUAGUGGGGGGAAAUCAAGAUAUCAAAUUGAAAUUAUAGAGGGCAGGACAUAGGUAAAGGUAAAGAGACCCCUGACCAUUAGGUCCAGUCGUGGCCGACUCUGGGGUUGCGGCGCUCAUCUCGCUUUAUUGGCCGAGGGAGCCGGCGUACAGCUUCUGGGUCAUGUGGCCAGCAUGACUAAGCCACUUCUGGUGAAUCAGAGCAGCGCACGGAAACGCCGUUUACCUUCCCACUGGAGCGGUACCUAUUUAUCUACUUGCACUUUGACGUGCUUUCGAACUGCUAGGUUGGCAGGAGCUGGGACCGAGCAACGGGAGCUCACCCUGUCGCGGUGAUUCAAACCGCCGACCUUCUGAUCAGCAAGUCCUAGGCUCUGUGGUUUAACCCACAGCACCACCCGCAUCCCCUGCAUAGGACAUAACUUCUAUAAAAGAUGUAUGAAUAUCUGUUGGAAUGGAAUACAAAAGACAAACUGACAAAGGAAGUUAUGAUAAAAUGGGCAGUUGAUUUCGGUUAUAAUAUUGAUUAUGAUGAUUGGGUAAAAUUAUGGAAGGUUUGAGGUUCACGGCGUGCUCCACUCUAAAAGAAAAUCUAAUGAAAAUGAUGUACCGCUGGUAUAUCACCCUAGUUAAACUAGCAAAAAUGUAUAGAGUAAGUAAUAAAAUGUGUUGGAAAUGUAAAACAAAAGACAGUGAAUUUUUUCACAUGUGGUGGACGUGUGAAAAAAUGAAAAAAAUAUUGGGACAUGAUAUAUAACAAAAUGAAAAAACUAUUUAAAUACACUUUCCCAAAGAAACCAGAAGCAUUUUUGCUAGGGAUAACAGGGGAUGAAUUAAAAAAGGAAGAUUACAAACUAUUCAUGUAUGCAAUGACCGCCGCUAGAAUCUUAGCGGCUCAGAAAUGGAAAUCCCAAGAAAUCCCAACUUUAAUGGAGUGGCAGACAAAAAUGUUUGAAUACAUAGAAUUGGCGAAAUUGACUUAUAAGAUUCGGAACCAAGAAGAAGCAAAGUUCGAAAAGGAUUGGAGUAAAUUUAUUGAACAUAUAUAUACUGCGUAAUUGUAAGAAUUUAAAAACUGUAGCAGGAUUACUGUAAAUCUUGUGAUGUGGAUGGAGUGUAUAUAAGAAACUGUAAGAAAAGAUUUGAGACAUGAAAACCGUUGAAGGGAUGGAAGGAAGUCCGGGCGCAAUAAGGCGCAGGGUAAAUAAGAAGACAUACAAUUUUUUGACUGUAUGAGUAUUUGUUUUAUUUGUUGUUGUUACAAAAAAGCAAUAAAAAGUAUUUGGGGGGGAAAAUAGACCCCUCAAGCUAUGAGAUCUGGGGCUACAGGUGCUUCGCAUUUCCUCCCCCCCCAACAUAUAUUUUUUAAUUAAGAGUUUCAACAUCAUAAAUUAUCAAAAACAUAUCAUCUUCAUUGCCCCCCAUUUCCCCCCUCUCCCAAGAAAAACCCACCCACCAUCCCCCAGACUUCCCUCAACUCCUCUCUCCGGUUUUUCAACACAUAUUAUUCUCUGCAUAUUAUAAAUCGUAAAAAUCCUUAAAUUGUCUAUCAUGUUAACAAUAAUAAAUUUGGGUAUGUUUAUUCAAAACCUGCCAAGGAGUCCAAAUCAUUUUGUGUUGUUUUUUUUAGUAAUUUGUAAAAAGCUCCCAUUCUUCUUUAAAGCCACAGUUAUCCUUGUCUCACAGUUUGUAUGUCAAUUUCACCACUUCCUCAUAGUCCAUCAAUUUCCCUUGCCACUGUUCUUUUGUUGGGGUUUCUUCGUUCUCCCAUCCUUGUGCUAUCAAGACUCUUGCCGCCAUUGUCGCGUACAUAAAUAAAUUCUUUAUUUUCCUUGGCAGGUCUUUUCCUACAAUCCCCCAAUAUAUAUAUAUUUUAAAGCGACUUUUAAUAACAACCAACUCACAGACAAAUAAACGGAAGGGAAAAUCAGGCGAAGGAAAUUGUAAAUUGUUGCAGUUGCCAAUAAAGAAAUAUAGGAUAUAGCUGUUUGGUUUUCUGUCAGUAAUAAUAAUAAAUUUGUUACUUGUACCCCACCCAUCUCACCGGGUUGCCCUAACCACUCUGGGUCCAUAAUGAAGCAUGUCGAGAGGAAAAGGAUGUAUGGUCAGUAAAUAUGAAGGGCUCCAUCGUCUAAACCAGUGGUUUAUCGACCUUUUUUGACCCACUGCCCCCUUGGUUCUGUAAACUCAUCCCCUGUUCCCCCGACCAUGCAAAAAGCAUUAUUCAGAAUAGCGGUUUGGACAGCCCACUAAGCGAGAUAAUAACACAAUAAAAUUCCAAACAGUAACAACUGCACAUUUUUUUUUGCAAAACCCAAGUAAAAGUAUUCAAUGUACCGUAUUUUCUGCUCCAUAAGACGCACCUGACCAUAAAACGCACCUAGUUUUUAGAGGAAAACAAGAAAAAUAAUAUUCUAAACGAAAGUGGAUAUAUGAUUUUUGUGGUUCAUGCUGUGGCCACAGACAUGUGAUUUGACAGUGAGUUUGGGGUAGCCCAAUGCAAAAAUCCUGAGCAUCCAUGGGCUUUUACCUCCCAGGCAGCCUCCGCUAGCGUCCCUUAUCUCCCUCCCCGAUCGCUUUCUUUGAUCAGCUGCUUCCUUUCAACACUCCCUUCCCUCUUGUUUGCCUUAGUGUCUUUUCUCAGCUGGAGCAGUUUUUUGCUCCUCCUUUUCUUCUAAUUUCUCUCCUCAUUGCUUUAGUCUUCCUGUCUCCUCUCCUUGCAAGUUCCCUGUCUUUACCUCCCCCCACCCAGGCAGCCUCCUUUAUUGCUAGCAUCCCUUAUCUCCCUCCCCGAUGGCUUGCGGAUUAGCGGCUUUGUUUCAACACCCACUUCCCUCUUUCAAAAAAAUAAAACAUCGUCUGCUUUUCACCCCUGGGCAGUACCACCCACUUUGGGAACUGCCAGUCUAAAUUCUGUAGUCUUGUAUAAAUUUACCAAGCCCUGAGCAACUUAGGCCUGGAAUAUCUCCAGGAUGACUUGAACCCUUCCACUCCAGCUUGAUCACUACAGGAGCAUUGGUGGUUGUUCCCCAAGUUAACGAGGCUCAUUUGACAACGAGGAGGUACCCAAACUUUCGAGUCCUUGGCUCAGUCCUGUGAACACCCUGUCAAGGGAGAUUCAGCAGGCACCUUUUGUGCCAACUUUUAAACGCCUGCCAAAAACCUUUCUACUCUGGCACGAAAAGGGGCAAAAAUGACCCUAAAAGCGUGCGAAAACAUCAAAAAUGGCGCAAAACCAGCGUCUAGCAAUCUUGCGAGCCUUUGCAAGUGAAAUCCAAAGAGCCCUUGCGCCAGCCUUUGAAGCCGGUAGAGAGUUGGAGUUUCAGCAAAGAGGUUUGGAGGGAGCAAUUGUGGUGUUUGCAGGCUUCUUCAGCGGUGUUCCCAAUAUAUGUGAUUUCACUUAAACGUACGGUUGCACAGAACCGAGCCCCCGUGUAAAUGGGGAGUUGCCUGUAUUGCAAGUUCAAGGCGGCCAGGGAGAGGGCCUUCUCUGUGGUAGCCCCUAAGUUGUGGAAUUCCCUCUCCUCAGAGAUGCACCAAGCUCCUUCAGCCAUUCAGCUUUUGGCAAAUUCUAAAAACCCUGCUCUUUAAAUCCUGGCCUUUGACCCUUGAGCUGUGGGUUUUCAGGACCCUCCCCUAUUCCUGUAACCGCACUGUGCUAUAAAUGCUGAAUUUUAAUUGCUGCAACCUGCCCUGGUGAAGGGCAGGCAGUGAAUUCAACGGUGAUAGUGACCUUUGCUCCCCACAGUCUGUGAUAGUAAAAUGGAUGGUGCUUUUUUGGUUUUUGCUCUGUUUUGCUUGGUGGGGGAUGAGUGUUCAGACCCCUGGGCUCUCACUUGUGGGGUGCCUCAGGGUUCUGUCCUCUCCCCCAUGCUUUUCAACAUCUACAUGCAGCCGCUGGGAGAGAUCAUCAGGGGGUUUGGGCUGGGUGUUCAUCAGUACGUGGAUGACACCCAACUCUACCUCUCUUUCAAAUCAGAAUCAGCGAAGGUGGUGAAGGUCCUGUGUGAGUGUCUGGAGGCGGUUGGAGGAUGGAUGGCGGCUAACAGAUUGAGGUUGAAUCCUGACAAGACAGAAGUACUGUUUUUGGGGGACAGGAGGUGGGCAGGUGUGGAGGACUCCCUGGUCCUGAAUGGGGUAACUGUGCCCCUGAAGGACCAGGUGUGUAGCCUGGGAGUCAUUCUGGACUGACAGCUGUCCAUGGAGGUGCAGGUCAAUUCUGUGUCCAGGGCAGCUGUUUAUCAGCUCCAUCUGGUACACAGGCUGAGACCCUAUCUGCCAGCAGACUGUCUCACCAGAGUGGUGCAUGCUCUAGUUAUCUCCCGCUUGGACUACCCCAAUGCUAUGUGGGGCUACCUUUGAAGGUGACCCGGAAACUGCAACUAAUCCAGAAUGCGGCAGCUAGACUGGUGACUGGGAGCUGCUGCCGAGACCAUAUAACACCGGUCCUGAAAGAGCUACAUUGGCUCCCAGUACGUUUCCAAGCACAAUUCAAAGUGUUGGUGCUGACCUUUAAAGCCCUAAACGGCCUCGAUCCAGUAUACCUGAAGGAGCGUCUCCACCCCCAUCGUUCUGCCCGGCCACUGAGGUCCAGCGCCGAGGGCCUUCUGGCGGUUCCCUCACUGCGAGAAGCCAAGUUACAGGGAACCAGGCAGAGGGCCUUCUCAGUAGUGGCACCCACCCUGUGGAAUGCCCUCUCACGAGAUGUCAAAGAGAAAAACAACUACCAGACUUUUAGAAGACAUCUGAAGGCAGCCCUGUUCAGGGAAGCUUUUAACAUCAGAUUAAUUAUUAAUAUUUUGUUGGAAGCCGCCCAGAGUGGCUGGGGAAACCCAGCCAGAUGGGCAGGUUAUAAAUAAUAUAUUUAUUAUUAUUAUUAUUCCCAGGAGGAAUAUGAUGACAUCGUGAUCAACCGCGGGCACUAGAAGACCAGGCAAGGGGUCCACUUCAUCUCCCAGGCUGUGUUCCGUUAACCAUGCCUCCGCCUCUGGCAGCCAGCUGUGGUUUCUGUAGCAACUGCAUUCUUCACUGUGAGCUAGAUCUGACUUAUUUAUAGGGGCUGGGGAAGGGGCUGGGGAGGGAGCUGCGUCGUCUGCCGAAGACAGCGCUCCCUUAGCUCCAUUCCAAUUCAUGCUCCAUUAUUGGUUUGUUUUCCUGUCUGUUCCCAAAGUUCUGAUGACUUCUGUUUUUUGUUUGAUGUCCAGAAUAAUAAUAAAAAAAAGGUCUGCAUUGGGGGCACCUGAUCAUCGCUGCUUUGGCAUCUCUGAAACGAGUACCCCGUAGGUUUGAAUUCUUCCCCGCUACCUCAAUCCCUGCUAGCUUGAGAGAUAGGAAGGAGCUAAACCACAUCUUGGUGUCAUCAAACGCACAUCUGAGCUGAGUGGUGUGUGUCUCUGAUUCCAGACCCAAAAUUUGGAUGUUCUACAUUGCCUCGAGUUCUGUUUUAAAACACCUCUUUUGCUGUGUUUGGGGAUUUUUGGCAGGGUUUUGGCCCGGGUUAAGAUUCAGCCACCCCCCAGCUUAACCCAGUAGCGAUGACUCAAGAUUGAUAGGUGCAUAUUUAUGUACACACACCUCUCCACCGUGGAAACCUUUGCAGGAAAUACCUUCUCUCUGCAACCCAGCUUCCUCGUGAAUUUAUUUCUUUUUAGGUUCCCUGGUGUUCGUUUGCUCAAACCUCGCUUUUAUGGCUCUUCUCCUGCCUGUACAUUGAGCCUCGUUUAGGUUGGGAAUGGGUGGGGCCAGAAGACAGGGGGUGAGAGUAAGAACAGAUUGUGGCAACUUCCCUUCCCCCCUCCCUCCUGUAGAUGGACCAGGACUGAAGGAGAGCUCCUCCAAUCAGGUAGUGGUUGUAUGUCCUUUGUCCCUCCUGCCACUGAGAAACCAGCCAGUCGCCUCCACUUCCAGGCUUACGACCACUUCCCCUUCUCUUCAUCCUAAACAUUAACUGCUAUUGUGCCCUGAGCCAUCUUCUGCAGCCUGUAAGACCCUCCCUGCGCCAGCUUAUCCAUUUGCCCCCCCUUACCCCCUGCCCACAAUUGCCCUCUUUAACCUCCCUCCCAGGGCUGCAGCUUGCAGACAGCAAUCUUUUCCAUCCCUCUGCCCAGCCAAUGCCUUGAAUCAUCUCUGGGCAAGUGGGGAAGAUGUGGGCAGGCUGCCCGGGCCAUUGUGCUUUCCAGGAACUGGGUCACUAAGACCCAGGGACCCUGGAUUCCUUCCUCUUUCUGGGUUUACUGCUGCUGCCCACGCUGUACUCCUGGUUCGUGCUCUUGCGCCACCUCACCCUGCCACCUUUUGCCCUUUUCCGCCACAGUUUGAGUGCCACAUUCAGGAGUGGGGAAGAAGAAGUUUUCUUUAGUUGCCUAGUGGCCAUGAGGUUACCAGCCUCAUGAUAAGGCAAGGCCAGACUGAUACGGCCAUAGCUUUUGGUUCUGACUCCCGUGUGAAAGCCCCUUGUUUGUGAUUUUCAGUUGGGGAAUGGGGGUCUUCUGUUUCUCUCUGUAGGAGAGGAAGCUUCUCCUGUUCCCUUAGAACUGAAGCUGUUCCCUGGUGGGUGGUGGGUGGCGGCCCUGCAUGGGGCAAGGGACCCUUCCCUUCCCACAGACAGCCAAAAGGGUCUGCCUUCUGGUACAGCCAGCUGCUCAAAUCACACCCAGCUCUUCUGAGGUUCCCAAAGGUGAUUGGACUUCAACUCCCAUCAUCAGCAAUGGGUGAGGAUGAUGGGAGUUGUAGUCCAACGCUCUCUGGGCACCCUUGGACCGAAGACGGCUGCUUCAAGCAUGUUUCAGAUGAAAUGCCCAUCAGGAGGGUGGUGGUCCUGGAAGUUUCUCCCUGAAACCAUGGUUUCCUCUUGAUUUCUAGCUGCUCUCGAGUCAAAAACGGGAGGCAAAACAUCUCUGGCAUCUUCUGUGCAGCUGCCUUUAUGUCAUUUGUGGCUUAGUUUUGCUAGCUCUAGUCUGAGGUUCCACUUCCUCUUUGCAGCAGUGCUCCGUUUUGCUGCGGUGUCUCAGCAACCGGCGGGCUCAGCCCCUUCUUCCUCCCCCCCCCCCAAUAUCUCUGCCUACAUAUGCAGAGUGUUGCAUCGCUCUCAAUGAAUGUCACAGGUUGCUUUCUCAAUCUGCUCUGCUAGCGGCAAUGGGGCUGGGGGUAAUGGCAGCAUGUGGCGUUCUGCACCCCAGAAAGCAGUGAGAGGCGGGCAGAGGAGGGGGGAAGCGCAGCUGCAAGGUGAAAAAGGAAGUUAUAAGGAGUCCUGGCUGUGUCAGUCUAGGAGGAGGUUGGGCUUUGCAUUGUACCGAGAGGUUGGAUUUUGGAUCUGGGUAAGGACUGAGUGAGAGCAAGUUGUGGGGGGGGGGCGAGGGGGGGGUUUGUAGAGGGUGCCAAUGUCUGGACGUGGCAGCAUGGCACAUCGCAGCUGGUGGGUCGAUUUUGCCCACAUCUGAUAAGCUGAUUUAUUUUUUUUGCAGUCACAGCAUCCACUUUUCCUGUGGCUCAGCAAUGUGCCCUCUCAUUGGAGCUGCUAUUUAAAUACAUAUAUAUAUAUAUAUAAAAUACCAUAUGUGUCUUCAGCGAAAGGAGGAAAUCCAGUCCAUCUUAUGUACAUACUUUGAUUUCUUCCACUUGCAAACCCUGUCUGAAGGAACUGAUUGUUCUUGCCUUCCACAAGGCUGAGUGUUUCGUUUCGUGGCUACGGUGUGGUUCUCCUGUGAUCUGUUUUAAUCUGUGUCUGUGACGGAGUUCUGUUUCUCUGCCUUCCAUGUGUCUGUUGUAUUAUGUAGGUCUCUCUGGCCCUGAUCAGAUUAAAAGCUAUGGAUUUCUGUGUGGCUUUUUAUUCA